UCAUUUGCAGCAACAUGGAUAGUCCUUGAGGACAUUAUGCUAAGUGAGAUAAGUCAGACAGAGAAAGACAAAUAUUGUAUGACAUCCACCCUUUGUUGUGUGUGGCAGAAAAGGCAGUCAGAACACUCCAGACAAGAGAAGAAUCAUGCUCAGAGGAAGAGCGCCGUGGAAAGCACCCCUCAGUUCUGUGAACUUGGGGCAUCCUCUUAGAAGCUGGAGAAGGAGAGUGGUGGAACACAGGAUGAAGAAGGAGGUAAGGCUAGGUAAAUAAUUAAUUAGUCAUUUUAUUAGAAUUUUUAUGACAUACUUUAAUAUAUUGGCAUUAAGCCAUGUGAGUGACUUAAGUUAAACAGGUGACUUAAAAGAUUAAAUAAAAUACCCCGUGAUACUCUUUCAUGUUUUUAAGUAAAAAUAAUAUCUGAACCAGUGUUAAUUUCUUGAUUUUGAUGGUUAUAUUGGAAAACAUCUUCAUAUGGAAUAUAAACUAAUAUACUAGGGUGAUGGAGUGUCAUGUUUGCAACCUACUCUCAUAGGUUCAGAAAAAAAUUUGUAGUGCACCUGCCUCUUUCUUGUAGGUUUGUUAUUACUUCAAAAUAAUAAUGUCAAAGAACCCCAGAAAACCAUGGCUCAGGAAGUUAUAUAACCUGACCUAGGCCACAGGGAUAACAAGUGGCAGCUCCAAAGUGCAGCUCAGGUGUGUCUGACUCCUUAGUCCACACCCUUCCCCACCAGCCAUGGCCCGGACCUCCAGGCUGCCUCCCCCUAGACCCUUUAAAAUCUGCCCAAGAAGACCCCUGCUCCCAUUCCUUCACCUGCAGAACCGCAUUGCCUCCAAGCCGAGUUGUGGUCCUUAAGCUGGAGCUGCUCCCCAGUUGCCCCAACCCUGCGCUGGCCCUGGCUCCCCAUCCUGUGCCUGACAGGGUCGCAGGGCACGUGACAGGCGGCAGCAGGGCAGCUGAAAGCACUCAGGGCUCCAGCGAGGCUCUGACAGGCUCCCUGCUCCUGGGAAAGGGAUUCCAUUAGCUGAGCUCCCGCUCUCCCUGAGGAUCUCAAGAUUUUUCAGACCACUCACGGGUAAGCAUGGCGAUUUCUUCCUGUCUCUGUUCCCCAUCGUUACCAUCCUUAUGUUAGAGAUUCCCUCCUCAUCAAGUGGCUUGAAGAGGGAAUCUUAUCAAUUAAGGCUUCACGUGUCAUUCCACUACUUAAAGAAACCACCACUGCAGGUCGUCAGACAUCACCAAGGCCGAGACAGAAACUGCUGUCCUCCUGUGACCUUCCAGCCCCCGCCCUGCUUCCCCACCUCUGAGCCUGCCGGGGCGGAGGGCUGGGGAACCCGCCCAGGGUUCACCUGUACCGGUGAACCAUGCUCUGUCAACUCAGCUGCAGGCCCCGGAAGCAAGAGCUGGGGGCUCAGUAGGGAGCCACGCCCCAUGACAGACAGUUUGUUCCAGCUCACCCUGACCACCCUUUGGCUUCAGACGUGACCUCUGCACACUCUGGAGCCCUAUGGACACUUCCAAGAGCCAAAGAGGCUCUGGAGCUGGAAUGGCCCCAGGAGGAAGCCUGCCUCUUUGCUCCCCUGGGAAAAGAGUCCAGCCCUGUGGGUUUCCUAAGUGGCCCUCCAGCUGAGUGCCCUGUGGGGAAAAGUACUGGGUAAACAAGAUGACAGCUUCCUGCCUGGCUGUCCUGGAGUAGAGGUCCUUGUGGCAGGCCCCUCCCUGGGGUGGAGAGGAAGCCUGGUAGCCUACGUCAGUAUAAAUGUUGCUGUCCACCUCGCCACCUGGAGGCAGAUCUGGAGGCAGAGAGCCACAUAGGCUCUGUUCGUGUGGCCUGGGAGGGACAGGCCAGGAUUGCCUCCAGGACAGAAGUUUCAGCUGAAGCCAAGAGAGGUGAAGUGAGUUCCCCACGGUCACACAGCGAGGAACAGAGACUCCAUUAGAACCGAGGUCCUCUGACUCUCCAGAGCUCUUUACCACUGCUCACCUGCCCAGAAGGAGCCGCUGGAGCAGGCACCAUGCUGCUGUGCUCUUUGACCCUCACCCUCAUCUGGAUGGUGGUUUCUGGCCUUGGGUACAACAUGACGGAAGUUUGUCUUGGAAGCCCUGGCAUCCCUGGUACUCCUGGAUCCCCUGGCCUGCCAGGAAGAGAUGGGAGAGAUGGCAUCAAAGGAGACCCUGGACCUCCAGGCCCCAUGGGCCCCCCUGGAGGAAUGCCAGGCCCCCCUGGGCGUGAUGGGAUGAUUGGAGCCCCUGGCCUCACUGGAGAGCGUGGAGAAAAGGGAGAGCCUGGUGAGAGGGGUCCUCCAGGGCUUCCAUCUUAUCUAGACGAGGAGCUCCAGAGCACACUCCUUGAGAUCAACCAUCAAAUCCUGAAGAUGAUGCGCGUCCUCAGUCUGCAGGGGUCCAUGCUGGCAGUGGGAGAGAAGGUCUUCGCCACCAGUGGGCAGUCGGUCAAUUUUGAUGCCAUUAGAGAGUCGUGUGCCAGAGCAGGUGGACGCAUUGCUACCCCAAGGAGUCUAGAGGAGAAUGAGGCCAUUGCAAACAUCGUGAAGAAGCACAAUACUUAUGCUUACCUGGGCCUGACUGAGGAUCCCACUGCUGGAAACUUCUACUACCUGGAUGGAACCCCUGUGGAUUACACCAACUGGUACCCAGGGGAGCCCGGGGGUUGGGGCAAAGAGAAGUGUGUGGAGAUGUACACAGAUGGCCGGUGGAAUGACAAGAACUGCCUGCAGUCCCGACUGGCCAUCUGUGAGUUUUGAGCAGGCACCAUGGCCACAGGAUGGAGAGGGUCCUGCCUUGCCUUUCAGCCCACGUCCUGGGGAAUCCACCUGGUCUAUGAGGUGCUGUAACACCUUUGUAGCUAUAAGAGUUGGAGGUAUCUUAGCCACGGCACUCCCCGCUGGGCCCUGACUCCUCCCCCUUGAUUACUAAUCAGUCUGACUCCCCCCGGAGCCCCUUCUCAGCUUUGCACUCUAGACAGCCACUCUAACUUCGCCCUUUGGCAAGAGGGGGAGGCUUCUUUCUUCCUCUUCUUGUCCAACUCCUUCAUUUAUAGAUGGCAACAGUGAAGUCCUGGGAUGGAGGUUCCCUCCAAAAGCACACACAGGGUGCCUGCUUCCUGGCCCCUCUACUCUUUCUUUGCAGCCCACUGCCUGCCCAGCCUUAUCAAGAUUUAGCAGUGCCGCUCAAGCAUAAUGAUAGAUGGGUGGACUUCUGGGAAAUUCCAAAUGUGUGGAGCUAAGGAUACAUUCGGGAUUAUCUGGCAGCCUGAGGUCUGUGGGGCACAUCUGCUCAGGCUCUCCAUGAGGUCAGAGGGCCGGGUGGUGCCCCAGCAUGGUGGAGGCCAACCCACCCCUAGUGAUUGGCAUGUAUUAUCCACUCCCUUGACUCUGGGGGUACCAACUCAACUCCCUGACCUAAAAGCAGCCAGCCUAUGCCUCUAGGGAAGAUCUCACUCCCACCUCAGGCAUUACCCAAGUAACUUCCUGCUGAUGAACACAUCCCCACCACUUCAGACCUCAGUGAAGUGUUUAUUGAGCAUAUACUAUAUACCAAGCACCUUGACAAGCACUUCUAAGACAUCUUAUAAACUAUGAUUUAAUCUUCACACAGUGCCAUGGAAUGAGCAUUAUUUUCCCCAUUUUUUAUACAAGAACACUGAAACUUAAAGAAGUUAAAUGUUUUGAGUUUUGUUACACGGAGCAAGUGACAGAGGCUGUUUUCAAACCCAUCUACCUGAACCUGAAGCUUAUGCUCAUCACCACCCCAUCCUCUCACUGAGCAGAGAUGAUUCAAGUGUAAUAAAUCAUGAAUAUGUUAA